AUGUCCACGCAAUGUUACUGCAUCAUGCACAGAUUCGUGAUCCUCCAGUCCAAUCCCAAAUGCAUGGACCUUUUCGCUUCAUGGAAAGCCUGGAUCACCGCUUAUGGUAUCUCAUUUGUUGUGUCUGCUGGGACCGUUGUGGUCUUCAACAAUUUUCAGCCUGCUCAAAAAGUAUUUUAUAGCUGUUUUUAAUGCAGUAAAUUUUGUAUUUUAGGACAUUGCAGCCAAAUUGAUCGCAGAAUCUGCCAGUUUUCCGGGCAUUCCUUUGCCGGAAACUGAGGGAAAACUACUGAUUUACUUGGAUUACACCUCAAAAUAUUCCAAAUACGCAGGGGCCUUUGUUUUCAUUGGGUUUAUGGUCGCUGAGGCCAUCUCAAUUGGCUGUCUUUUCUUUAUUCUUCAACGACUUGAGGACAAAAAAACCAGUUUUACUAGAGCUACAUACCUAUAA